AUAACCCGCGGACUAACAACGAUGGAUGCGGUUAUGAUGGCGCUCCAAACGUGGAAAGAUGUUCCCAUCAGUCAAUAGACAUUUUGAACGUGACUUAUGCAUGUCAAGCACGAGUCUAGGACAUAUGGACGCACCUUGUCCUGCACCCUUUCUUCCUAACCUAUAACGACCCAACAUGAGCGUGCGUACUAACGACCAGAUUCUUCACGAUAGAGUUAAUCUACCUCGCCUGGUCAAAAGGCUUGAGAAAUCCGUGUCCGAGGAUGAUUGGUCCGAUAGUUCGCAGCGAGACACCUGGAUCAAAGCCCAAGGCACUCUCCAGCGAAUCAGACACGCCCGCUUGCUUCUAAAGAACGUCGAGGUUGAUGACCAUGGCACUUCACCAGCCUCAGAACAUCGUUAUCAGCGCUUGCGUGCAACCCUCGAUCAAGUUGAAGCGUUUGUAACAGAGGUCGAGCAGAAAGCAGCUCCUCCACUUAAGAGACCAGCACCAAUCCUGCCAUCAAUACGUGCCCCUGUGACAAAGGCAGCUGACCUCGAGACCUCACCUGUAGAAGCGACGCUCAUCCCGACAGAAGAUACAACUCAAAGUGUGCCUAGUGCGGACGACCUCAUACCGUCUUCGCAGACAGAGUUUUUACCCUUAGAGCCUCUUGUACCAACUCUUCCUGCAGCAUCUUCCGUCACUUCCAACGUCACUGCUACACCUACCAUCCUCCAAAACUCUCGCGCACUACAGGAAGAGCUCUCAGAGCAACUCGCACUAAUGGCAAGGCAGCUUCGGCGCAAUGCCACCCACUUUUCUGAGUCGCUAGUCAAAGACAAGAGCGUUGUCGAAACAAUGCAGGAGAAGCUCGAGGGGAACUUUGACUUCAUGAAGAAGGAACGGAUACGGUUAAGGGACUUCAGGGGAAAGAGUGGAAGUACAACAUGCUUGGUGAUCACGAGUAUACUUGUCGUGCUGGUCGCGUUCAUGCUCAUGGUUUUCGUCAUUCGAGUAACAUGACCAAUUCUUACAGGUCAUGUCUUUCUUACUUCACCCAUCAUAGUUGUCACAUGUAUAAUCAUUAGUCGGUUGUUCUAACUAAGUUUCAAACAGUCC